GGCAGCAGAUAGCGAAACUGGACAACCAGUUCAAGGUGAUGUGUGCGGUCCUGCAUCCCAGCAACUCAGAUGUAUUCCUGUGUGGAGGUUACAGUUCAGUGGUCAAGGCCUGGGACUCUCGCAGCUGCAAGGUGGUGUGCUUGUACAAAGCAGGGAUCCAGCAGACCUUGGAUAUCCUGUUUCUGAGAGGUGGUUCGGACUUUAUAACAAGCUCUGACUGUGUGAGCAGAGACUCUGCAGACCGCACCCUCAUCGCCUGGGACUAUCAGAAAGCCAAGGUCUCCAACCAGAUCUACCACGAGCGGUACACGUGCCCGAGCCUGGCUCUUCACCCACUGGAGGAGUCCUUUGUGGCCCAGACCAAUGGGAACUACAUGGCAGUGUUCUCCUCCCAGCCAGCCUAUAGAAUGAACAAGAGGCGGCGAUACGAAGGACACAAGGUGGAGGGGUAUGCAGUGCAGUGUGAGUUUUCUCUGGAUGGAACUAUCCUAGCCUCAGGGAGCGCCACCGGCUCUGCUCACUUCUAUGACUAUCACAAUGCUCGGACGCUGCACACUCUUCACGCCCACAGCCAGCCCUGUCUGUGUGUGUCUCAGCAUCCCGUCCUGCCUGCAACCGUGGCCACCUGUGACUGGGCUGGUGAGAUCAAGAUCUGGAAUUGAGGACUGUGAAAGAGCAAGCAAAUAUGGAGUGAAAAAAGUUGCAAGAUGAACUGUAGCAAGUUUGCCAAGAGAAAACGAUAUUAAACUGCAAACUCAUGUGCACAUCCAUCUUAUCCCCCAUAAUCUCUUGGCAUAAGAUGAUAAGAACUUCUGUCUACUGCUUUUAUAACUGCUUUGCUUUCAUAUUAUUCUAAAAGCCACCCACAUUUUCAUUUCCAUUUAUAUGAACUCGUGCAAGAACAAUCAUUAUUGUGUAAAUCUUAAUGUAAGUAUGUUAGUCAUAUUUGGCCCUUCUUGCACUGAAAUCGGAGAAAGUUGCACUGUGUGAGAUCAAAGGAAGUUUCUUUACAGUUCAAAGAGUGAACCAUUGUUAUGAGUUUUAUCUAAAGUAGUAGGCGGUGAGAAAACACUGUAGUGGCACACUCUACAUGGUAGGUGCUAUAACAGGCACUCAAAAUGCCUGCAGUUUGCGUUUUGUACAGUUGCUCAUACGCAUCAUAAUCAUAAUACUAUGAUGAUUGUCUUAUAUUUUGUACCUUGUUUUAAGCCAGAUGAGUUGGAAGUUACACCCAGUAUCAGUAAAGUCUGUUCUUUAUUCUUUCAGAUUAAAACCAUGGUCUUUUUCUUAA